AUGGGUAUCGACCUCGAUCGCCAUCACGUCAAGGCUAGCCACCGCAAGGCGCCCAAGAGCGACAAUGUCUACCUCAAGCUCUUGGUGAAGCUGUACCGCUUCCUUGCCCGUCGAACCGAUGCCAACUUCAACAAGGUGGUGCUGAAGCGUCUCUUCAUGUCCAGAAUCAACCGCCCUCCCAUGUCCAUCUCCCGCAUUGUCAGCAAGGUCUCGACCCCAUCGGCGCAAAAGGCAUACAAGGACAAGACCAUUGCCGUGGUUGGCACCGUGACCGACGACAACCGCCUGUUGACCGUCCCCGAGUUGCACAUUGCUGCUCUCCGAUUCACCGCGACUGCCCGUGCUCGCAUUGAGAAGGCCGGCGGCGAGUGCCUCACUUUCGACCAAUUGGCCCUGAGACACCCAACCGGCAGCAACGUCGUGUUGCUCCGAGGACCCAAGAACGCCCGUGAAGCCGUCAAGCACUUCGGUUUCGGACCCCACAAGCACAAGAAGCCCUAUGUCGAGAGCAAGGGUCGCAAAUUCGAGCGCGCCAGAGGCCGAAGACGGUCCAAGGGUUUCAAGGUCUAA